GACUGCCUGAGCAAUAAGCCCCAGGAUCCUCUUGUGGCUUCUAAAGCUAUGCCUUUCUUGAAGGAUGCUGUGACACUUGUGAAGGAACCGCAGAAGCUGCCUGUGGCCCCGCUCUCAUGGUUCCCGCCAAGCCUGUUCGCUGCCUUCAACGUCACACUGCUGGUCUUUCUGAGCGGGCUUUUCUUCGGGUUCCCUUGUAGGUGGCUGGUUCAGAACGGAGAAUGGGCCUUUGCCAUGGUCACAGGCCCACUCUUCACCCUCACCUUCUGCAGUCUGGUGUGGCUCAACUUCUCAGACCCUGGUAUCUUACAUCGAGGCUCCACUGAUGAAGACCCCAUGACGGUGCACGUGGUGUGUGUGAACCAGCGGGCUUUCCGCCUGGAGUGGUGUGCCAAGUGCUGCUUCCAUCGCCCGCCUCGGACCUACCACUGCCCCUGGUGUAACAUUUGUGUGGAGGACUUCGACCACCAUUGCAAAUGGGUCAAUAAUUGCAUUGGCCACCGCAACUUCCGCCUCUUCAUGCUGCUGGUCCUGUCCCUCUGCCUCUACUCAGGAGCCCUGUUGGUCUCCUGCCUGAUGUUCCUAAUUCGCGCAAGCCAUCUGCCUUUCUCCGUGGACAAGGCAAUGGCCAUCCUGGUGGCUGUGCCCGCUGCGGGCUUCCUGAUUCCUCUCUUCCUGCUGCUGCUGAUCCAGGUCAUAUCUGUGAGCUCAGCGGAGCGCUCCUUCGAAAGCAAGUGCAGGUACCAUCAGGGGUACAAUCCCUUCGACCAGGGCUUCCCCAAGAACUGGUAUCUCACAAUGUGUGCACCGCUGGGCCCCAAGUACAUGUCUGAAGUUGUCUGUCUGCAGCGACCAGUGGGGACAGAAUGGAUCCGUGAGAAUCGGCCACCCUCACCGCCGCGUUCUCCCGAACACCGUACCCCAGGUCCCCCCAACCCCCAGCCCCAACCUCCGCACACGGGAGGGAAGGGCCCCCCAGGCAGCGGUGAAGCUGCGUUCUCCAGGAGGUGA